UGUCAACAGGAGAGGUGAUGGAGGUUGGAGGAGGUUGUGGUGGUGGUGAUGCUUCCGCUCCAGCAAUCGAAGCUCUCUACGCGCGGGCAGAGCCGCAGCCAGCGAUGACGCUACUGCCAGUCACUUCCUCAUUGCUCUUCCUCUCCCUUCCCCAGCUUCAAUAUUUUCUACACCUUUUUCUUUCUGAGAGCUUCUGUAUUAUUCUUUGUUUAACCUAUCCGUCGUAUAUAUAAUUUGAAUAGAGGCAGACGGAAAAACACUCAUCCCUUCCUGCCUUCUAAUCUGCCCCGCAAAUCGCCAUGAGCUCUCACGUCGUAGUCAUAGACUCGACUGCUCGAAGAGCUACCAUCAAAACCUCUCCUGGCAAAUACCUGACUGAUGUUUUACAAGAAGCCUGUGCCAAACUGGGCGCGGAACCUAGCCAAUGUGGCCUGAAACACAACAGUAAACAGUUGGACCUCUCACUUGCCUUCCGUCUCACAGGACUCACCUCCGGCGCCAAGCUCGAGCUCGUACAGCUUUCUCGAUCGCCCUCCGUCGUCACGGUCGCUAUACAACUACCCGAGUCAGAAGCACGCGGAGUUCCCAACGGCCGUCUCUUGGAUAAAUUCCCCAGCUCUACAACGUUAUGGCAUAUCCUACGGAAGUUCGAGGCAGGUGUUGCGGGAGGAGGGUCGACACGGAAUCUUACAGCACGUGGCGUCCCCUCAACAGAUAAUGGCGGUACCGGCGCAGGAAGGUUGUUCUACGAGAUCCCCGUGUUGCAGACCCUGGGACGAGAGAUGUCGACAUUUGCGGAUCUUCAGAAGUCACUGGCACAGCUGGGUUUUAAUAGUGGGAAUAUUUUAUUGAGACUGAGUUUCCGGCGCACAGAGGAGCCUCUGAAGGUAGCUAUGGUCAAGAUCCAAGAUUACUUCAAAGUGGUUGAAGACGACAUGGCAGCGACGACAACGGCAGCGACACAAGAGCAACCUGCACCAGAUCAGGCGACAUCCGAUGAGCAGCCAACAGGCAUCGAACCGAGUGGUGAACCUCCCCAACCUUCUCCCGCCGUCUCCGAACAGCCAUCUCACAUCGCUCCACCACCCGCCGCUACGUCUACCGAGCCAGCCGCAAAUCCAACGGCAGCCUCUCGUCCCAUAACAGUCUUCUCUCCUCCCACCAGCAGCACACCCCAGUCCGCUCAAUUCAUCUACAAUGACAAUGAUUACGUCCCAUCGGUUGAGCACGCACAAGCUCACCAGCGCCGUCUAAACGAGACCUCACGACCGCAGCGUCUACCAACAGAUGCAGAAAUCGCUGCAAAGGAAUCAGCAGAGGCAGAAAGGUUGGCAUCUGUGAAGGAAGUCGACGUGAAAGUCCGGCUUCCCGACCAGAGCCAGGUGGUGGCCAAGUUCGGACAAUCGGAUACUGGCAAGUCUCUUUAUGAUUUCGUGAGAAGCUGUUUGGCAGAGUCAUUUGCGCGCGAGAAAUUCCUUCUCGCAGUCUUCCCCGCUGCCGGAGGUCUAGGUCCCCGUGCAGGAAAGAAGCUUCAGAACGUGGUCCCCGACUCGGAGCGCUCUUUGUUGAUCAAAAAUCUCAACAUGGUUGGACGGGUGCUUGUCAGCUUCUCCUGGGACCCGACUGUUUCUUCGGCUGUGCGGGGGAGCAAAACCAGUCUCCUAAAGUCGGAGCUCCAAGGUCAGGCACAGCAACUCAAAGUCGAACAACCAGCGGCUGUGCCAGAUGAGCCCGCUGGUGGUUCGAGAGUGGGAGCCACAGAGCAGCGCCAGGGUGAUAAACCUGCGCGGAAACCGGGAACUCUGCCCAAGUGGCUCAAGUUACCUGGGAAGAAAUGAUAGCGUUGAUGCAUAGACACGUUUAAUGAUUAUCGAUGCAUGUGGCGGCUUCGUGAAAGUUUUUGUUCUUCAUUACAUUUAAAACAAAGGCGAAAUAGUUGUCAGGAGUUGCAUUUAAUCAUGAACAUUCUCAAUCUAUUUCAUUCUAGCAAGUUUCCCAGUCUGUAAACAAUCUCUAGACCCAAUACCCCGUAUAUUGUAUCCAAUCCUAACCAGUCAAUCUUUAAGCCCUACGUUGCAUCUUUCUA